CUGCCAUUUUCAUAGAACAAGAAUCUUUUGAUAUAGAUUUUUAAUGAUUGUUUUAUUGUAAGCAUAUCUAGAGAGCUAUACCAGAGAAUAUAUGAAGUAAGUGGAGUUUGAGGAAUGUUCUGCACUGGAGUUACAGAUGGACUGCACAUGAGAUCUACACUUUAAUGGGUUGAAACCAACAGAACCCACAUCUACAUUUGGGGGAAAAGGAGACCUGGAGAAGAUCCAAUGGAUGUUCUUGGUGAAAAUGAGGCUCUGCAGCAGUUCUUCAAUGGGCAAGAUGUGAGUGGUGUGUUGGAGAGUGCUGUAGUGGAUACCAGUAUUUUGGAGCAGUAUCUGAGCAAUGAAACAGACACCGCUUUCAUGUUACCUGACUCACCGCCAGAUUCCGGAUCAGAACGUAGUUCUCCUCCACGAAUACCAGAUUCCAGAUGGUCUACUGAUCAUACUAACCAGGACACAUACAAUCAAACAGAACCCUCCUUAAGUACAUCUUCUCCCUUCCAAGGCAUGAAACAAGAGUGUUGUGGUUGUACAGGACAGGAACGAACGUAUGAUGCUGGCAGAACAUACAAGAAUCACAUCAAAGCCAGUUCACCUGCUUUGGUUCACAUUUCCUAUGAUUCUUGUACUCUGCCUCAGUGUGUCAACACAACUGAGAGUUACAUACAAGCUAACACAUCCAUUAAUCCACCUAACCAUGGUGUCCAGCAGCAGUCUCAGGGCCCACAAAUGGGUCUUCCAGGGGAGCAUAAACCUGUUUAUGCUUCUACUGUCUCUCCAAAUGUUCCCCAUGCUACAUGCCCAGAGACUGUGUAUAUGACCCCAAAGCAUGACCAACAUCUAGGAAAUACCUUACAUGAAAAUAAGAAAAGAAGACGGUCAAACUAUUUCGAUGGGAACACACAGCAGCAGAGUUGGGCUGAGCCAGUUUUGGUCAAGCCAUCACUCUGUUCAGACAGUGGAACAUGUGAAGCUUAUGACAGUGAUGUCCCCAGUGGAAGUCCAGUAGGUGGUGUGCAGCAGCUGCUGUCAUGGGACAGAUAUCAGCCCAGUCAUUGGUGCUCACUCUACAAUAACAGAUUUGAAACAUUACCACCUCCAGGUUACCAUGUGAACACAGAUAAGGGUUUCAGCUUCUCCACAGCGGAUGAAGCCUUUGUGUGUCAGAAGAAGAACCACUUCCAGGUGACAGUUCACAUCGGAAUGGUUGGGGAUCCCAGAUAUGUCCAAACAGCAGCUGGACCCAUGCCUGUGGAGAACUUCCAUGUGAAGGUGUUUGGGAUCAAGCUGGAAGCGCAGAAUCACUUCAUUACCAUAGAGCAGUCCCAGUCAGACCGCAGUAAGAAGCCAUUCCUGCCAGUCAAAUUAAAUCUUCCAGGAGACAACAUCACCAAGGUAACAUUAGGCCGAUUACACUUCAGUGAAACCACUUCAAAUAACAUGAGGAAGAAGGGCAAACCCAAUCCUGAUCAGAGGUACUUUCAGAUGGUAGUUGGUCUGUAUGCUACAGUGAAAGAAGAGAGUUUCCUGCUGGUUGCCAAUGUAUCAGAGAGAAUCAUUGUCAGGGCAUCCAAUCCUGGACAGUUUGAGAAUGACAGUGACGUACUUUGGCAAAGAGGACAUGUCCCGGAGUCAGUGGUGCAUCAUGGGAAGAUCGGCAUCAACACAGACAGCCCUGAUGAGGCACUGGUUGUUUGUGGGAAUGCAAAGAUAAUGGGAAGCAUCAUGCAUCCCUCAGACAAGAGAGCCAAACACAAUAUUCAAGAAGUGGACUCGACGGAGCAGCUGAAGAGAAUCACUCAGAUGAGAAUCGUGGAAUAUGAUUAUAAACCAGAGUUUGCCUCAAGGAUGGGAAUUGACCAAGUUCAUGAAACUGGUAUCAUAGCACAGGAAGUGAAAGAACUUUUGCCGUCUGCGGUGAAAGAGAUGGGUGACAUCACAUGUGUAAACGGAGAGAAGAUUGAUCAUUUCCUCAUGGUGGACAAAGAGCAGAUCUUUAUGGAGAAUGUGGGAGCUGUGAAGCAGCUGUGUAAACUUACAGAUAAUUUGGAGACUCGUAUUCAGGAGCUCGAGGUCUGGAACAGUCGUUUAGCCAAGCUGAAAACUCUGGGCAGCAUGCGCUCCAACAGCAGCUCUGCAGCGAAGGGAUAUGAGCCAGGGAAAAUCAACAAAAACAACAAAACACCUACAAAACAGCCAAAGCCAUCAUCUCCACUGCAGUCCAGCACAAAUUCUAUCUGUGGGAAAUAUCACCACUGUCUUCAACACAAAGUAUUCCAAGCUAGUGUCAUCAUGUUAGUAACUACUAUGGCUCUCAGUGUCAUUUCUAUUACUGCCCUCUAUAUGUUAACAGUACGAGAGGACGUGGACUUCAAUAACAGUCUGAACAACACCAAUGUUAGUCCACUGUACACAACAACAGCUACACUGUCGACAGGAUUCACCACUGCACCUCCUGCUCCCUGGCCUCCAGACAUCGAUUUCUCCAAUGUCUUUUAUUCAGAUGACAUAUACUGCUGUCCUGCAAAUGUAGAUUGUAAUCACAGCACCAUACUGACGGACACAAACACCCGCUUUAACUCUCCGUCACCUGUAAACACCAGAGAUACAGCUAAAGUGAAAUGGCUGGAUAAACUGCCAGAGAAAAUGAUCAAUUCUUCUGAUUGGACAAACACAAGUAUACAGUCCAUCCUCAUCACACAAAACCAGCAGGUUAUAGACCAGCAAUACUGUCAGAGAGAGAACUGUGGGAAGGGAAACUACAGCUACCACAUUCCCCUCAGUAAACACACCCCACCAAAUAUGCCUGUAACCCUUCAAAUGAACACAACAGAGCUGCUGGUCGUUCAUUUGUGUUCAUAUGAUGAGAGAGAGCAGUGCUCUUCAGUACUCGAUUACAACGGCCCACAGUCACACACUGCACUCAACACACAGGGCUACAUACACAUGUGGACACUAGCGGUGGCAAAUCACUAUCAUGCCUCUUACAACUUCCGUUCUUCAGUCGCUGGUUUGGCUGAUUGUGACACUGAUCCCAACUAUGCCGAGGUUUUUUUUACUGACUACCACUUCCAGUUCUACCGCCACUGUGACUGAUCAACAUCACUGGAAACUACUGUCAAAGCAGCAUCCAGACAUCUAUUAAACAUACAGCUAAACAAAAUGUACAGAACAGAAGUCAUUUAGUCAGUGAGUUUGUAUUGUUGGUGGAAAAAGCAUUUUUUCUUUUAAAGAUGUUUGAUAGUAGUUUAUGCUUGUGUGCAUGGUGUAUUGAAAUCAAAAGGAAACAUUUUCAAUACCUCAUGAAGUGGCUUAAUAAGUGCAGACAUAUUUACUAUUGAAACAGAAAGUUACGACGUGCCAUGUUGAAGGGAUCGUACCUUGUGUUUUUAAAUGGCCAGUAGGCUUUAGGUUACGUCACCCUUACAAAAAAUCUAAACUAGCAGCAAAUUUGCCUCUCGUUAUUUUCAUAUGCAAAUGUUUGCCAGUUUGCAGCGCUUCGCCAGUAGUGGUGAACCUCCGGAAAACCUUUGGCACCCAUGGGCAACUUGCGGCAAAGCUCAUUUGCAUGUGAAAAUGAUUCAUUAAUUCAUUAUUUAAUUACAAAGCAAAGAGUAGGGUAGGACUUCAAAUAGAAUUUCAAGAGAGUUUCAAUGUUUAAACAGAAAAGUGAUUGUUGUAACUAGACAUGCAGGUAAUCUAUCAGAAAAUCUAGUACUCUGAUGAGACAUGAAAUGUGCUCAAUUCAAUACAGGUACACUGUCUAUAUAUGUUAACCUGUGUGCAAUGAUGGAAUGUUAUUUUUGCUUGGCUAAACAAUUAUUAAACUACAGAAACAUUACUGUCAACUAUGUUUAGAUGUUUGAACAUCACUGCAAGACGUAUGAUUGUUUAAAAAUGUUAAUUCUUUUGUAGCUGAAAGUGGAUAUCAUCUUUGAAGUUACUGUGGUUUUUCAUGUUAGAAAAGUUUCUUUUUGUAAAUAUUUACAUGAAUAGAGUUAACCUUAAAUUCACAUUACAUAUUCGCUAUAUAUCCAACUACAAUAAAGGCAUAUUUCU